AUGGAGGGUUACCGCACAUGCAACAACUGUGGCAAGGAGGGCCACUUUGGGAAGGAUUGUCCCACUCUUGCUAGGGCAGCGGAACGCCCUCCGGUUCAGGCUCCCCACCAGCAUCAACGGAGAGACAGAGGCAACAGGCCUCAGGCGACGGGCAGAGUGUACGUCAUGUCAAGGACGGAGGUAGCGUGUUUAGGUAACUUGGUUAUUUAUUGUUGUGUGAUCGUUGGUGUUAGUUAUUGUGUGUUGUAUGAUUCUGGAGCGACACACUCCUUUGUGUCAAAUGAUUGUGUGGGACACUUGGGUUUGCCGGUGUGCGAGCUGCAGUGUGAGCUUGCGGAGUUGGAUGUAAUCUUAGGGAUGGAUUGGUUGUCUGCCAAUCACAUUCUGAUAGAUUGUCAGGAGAGAAGAUUGUUGUUCCCCGACUCAGAGAAGCUCGAGUUGGUGUCUCCUCAAGGAGUGGUGAAGGAGAUUCAGAGCGGCGCAUAA